UGUCAUAGAAAGUGGGGAGCAGGCAUAGGGAAUUAAUUUCACACGGCGCAGGCAGGCAGGGUGAUAUGGGACAUGGAGUAAGGGUUUCCGUAAUUGUAGUUCACCGAGAGAGAGAGUGUGUGCGGGAGGAGGACAUGAGUGAAAGGGAAGCGCUGGUCACAGCAUCAGCACAGGAAUCGGUGACGCGGGGGAGAGAGUGACAUCUGGAGCGAUCUGUGUGGCGUCGCAUGUCCAUACCUCGCAGCGUCCCAUUGCGAAUGUGGGCACCUCGGUCUCGUUUCGUCGUGUCUUUCUUACUCCCACAUCGUCAACUUCUUCCGAAUUGCCGGUCAGCCAAGAAGUGAUUGAGCGGGCUGAGUGAGGAGAGUGGGGCAGGGAACGAGGCGAUUAUUGUGAUGGAUGCAACAGCGGCAUCAUUUGUGAGAGCUGCUCCUGUAGCUACCACACCCACGAAGCAGUCUGCUGUUUCAAGUGACAAGCGUCUGAGUGCCGCCCCCUCGCUGACAACUCCUUUCUUCAUCUCGCCUUUGUCGACCAAGUCGCAGAGCCGGCAGCGCUUUGCUUCUGCCAAGCUCGCCAUCAACUCUUCUGCUGCUACCAGUGCGGCCUCCAUGGCGACCGCCCCCCGCACCGGUGGACUCAUCGAGCCUGAUGGUGGCGUCCUGGUCGACUUGCAUGUGUCGGAGCAGGAGAAGGAUAGCAAGAAGGCUGAAGCUGCGACAUUGCCCAAAAUUCAGCUGGUAUUGGUGGACUUGCAGUGGGUGCACACUGUCGCAGAGGGAUGGGCAUCGCCUCUCACCGGUUUCAUGCGUCAGAAUGAGUACCUUCAAUCUCUACAUUUCAACUGCCUUCGCCUACCUGAUGGUACCUUCACCAAUAUGUCCCUCCCCAUUGUCCUGGCCAUCGACGACGAGAAGAAACAGAGCUUGUCCGGCGUCAACGCUGUCACUCUUGUUGGCCCGGAUGGCAAUGAUGUUGCUAUCCUUCGCAAUAUUGAGAUUUACAAGCACAACAAGGAAGAGCGGAUUGCUCGCACUUGGGGAACCACAGCUCCAGGUCUACCUUACGUGGAUGAAGCAAUUGCAAAUGCUGGGAACUGGCUCAUUGGUGGGGAUCUGGAGGUUCUGGAGAGAAUUAAGUACAAUGACGGACUUGAUCACUACAGAUUGUCGCCAGCAGAGCUGCGUGCUGAGUUUGAAAGGCGGGAGGCCGAUGCUGUGUUUGCAUUCCAGCUGCGUAACCCUGUUCACAACGGACACGCAUUACUGAUGACUGACACAAGACGCCGGUUGCUAGAAAUGGGCUACAAAAACCCUAUUCUGCUGCUGCACCCUCUGGGGGGUUACACGAAGGCUGACGACGUUCCUCUAGAAUGGAGAAUGAAGCAACACGAUGAGGUCCUUGCAGCCGGAGUGCUAGACCCUGCGACCACUGUGGUGGCUAUCUUCCCGUCUCCUAUGCACUACGCUGGACCAACGGAGGUGCAAUGGCACGCCAAGGCUCGCAUCAAUGCAGGCGCUGACUUCUACAUUGUUGGGAGGGAUCCCGCUGGCAUGGGCCAUCCCACUGCUGGGCGCGACUUGUACGACGCAAACCAUGGGAAGAUGGUGCUCAGCAUGGCGCCUGGCCUUGAGAAGCUCAACAUCUUGCCCUUCAGGGUUGCAGCUUACGAUAAGACACAGAGUCAGAUGGCAUUCUUCGAUCCAUCUAGGGCGCAAGAUUUUCUCUUUAUUUCUGGAACUAAGAUGCGCAACUUCGCAAAGAGCAACGAGUUGCCACCAGAUGGGUUCAUGUGCCCAGGAGGGUGGCAAGUGUUGGUGGACUACUACCAAGGACUGCAAAAACUGGAAUGAGCGUAGAGCAUCUCAUUGUUUAGAAGUCUUCAAUAUAAGAUUUGGGAUCGCUGCAUAUUUCCAAAUUGAAGAUUUUCACUUGAGCAUACGUGUUGACUGCAUGAGCAGUGGUUGUGAAGCAUAGUAGGAAGAGUCGGUCAUUGCAGUGGCGUUAACAGAGAGAUCUGUUGCGGCACAUUUUUUUCCACGAGUUUGGACGAGUUGGAAGAACGGGGCUUGGAAGAGCAAGCUCACACCUAGCUAAAUUAUGAGUGUAUGGAAAGUCUCUCGCUGCCCAGAAAUCGGUCGCAAAGAAGUAUCGUCUUUUCUUCGGGCUGGAUGAAGAUGUCGUGAGGAUCUUUUUCUUAGUGCUUUAUGUUUUGUGCACCAGUUAGAAUGUAUGAACACCUAGUUCCUGAUGUUGAAGAGUCUGUUACUGCAGCUUUGCUUCAAUGGCUUUCCUUGGCGUUCGGCACCCCCCUGAGUAGAGGGAUUUACUAGUGUCAUGACGAUCACUGGUUAGCUCCUUAUAUUACCCCGCUUUUGAUUACUGGUUGUUACUAUCUGGUCUAUUCAGUACCACUUGAAUAAAAUUCCAGGGUUAUGGAAGAUUUUUCUUAUUUCAA